AUGCGGACAAAGGUGUGGCUGCCCGGAUGGAGGGCUAGUCCCCACACCGCCUCCUCCCCCGCUGCCACCAUGCUAGGCUCUACUUACUUCCUGCGGGCCCCGCCCCUGCCACGCCCCCAUGAGGCCCAGAUUCCUCAGCGGCUGGCGCGGGGCGAGGCCGGCGACGGCCCGGGGCUCGACGGCCUCCUGGAUCUGCUGCUGGGGCUGCACCACGAGCUCAGCAGCGCCCCCCUGCGGCGGGAGCGCAACGUGGCACAGUUCCUGAGCUGGGCCAGCCCCUUCGUAACAAAGAUGAAGGAGCUGCGUCUGCAGAGAGAUGACUUUGAGAUCCUGAAGGUGAUCGGCCGAGGGGCCUUUGGGGAGGUUGCUGUGGUGAGGCAGAGGGACAGUGGGCAGAUUUUUGCCAUGAAAAUGCUGCACAAAUGGGAGAUGCUGAAGAGGGCCGAGACGGCCUGUUUCCGGGAGGAGCGGGACGUCCUCGUGAAGGGGGACAGCCGUUGGGUGACUGCUUUGCACUAUGCCUUCCAAGAUGAGGAGUACCUGUACCUGGUGAUGGACUACUAUGCUGGUGGGGACCUGCUCACGCUGCUGAGCCGCUUCGAGGACCGCCUCCCGCCCGAGCUGGCCCAGUUCUACCUGGCAGAGAUGGUGCUGGCCAUCCACUCGCUGCACCAGCUGGGCUAUGUCCACAGGGAUGUCAAGCCGGACAAUGUCCUGUUGGACAUGAAUGGGCACAUCCGCCUGGCUGACUUUGGCUCCUGCCUGCGUCUCAACAGCAGUGGAAUGGUGGAUUCGUCGGUGGCAGUAGGGACACCAGACUAUAUCUCUCCUGAGAUCCUGCAGGCCAUGGAGGAGGGCAAGGGCCACUACGGCCCACAGUGUGACUGGUGGUCGCUGGGAGUCUGUGCCUAUGAGCUGCUCUUUGGGGAGACGCCCUUCUAUGCUGAAUCCCUGGUGGAAACCUAUGGCAAGAUCAUGAACCAUGAGGACCACCUGCAGUUCCCCCCGGAUGUGCCUGAGGUGCCAGCCAGUGCCCGAGACCUGAUCCGCCAGCUGCUGUGCCGCCAGGAGGAGCGGCUGGGCCGCGGCGGGCUGGAUGACUUCCGGAACCACCCCUUCUUUGAAGGCGUGGACUGGGAGAGACUGGCAACCAGCAGUGCCCCCUAUAUCCCUGAGCUUCGCGGGCCCGUGGACACCUCCAACUUCGACGUUGAUGAUGACACCCUCAACCAUCCAGGGACCCUGCCGCCACCCUCCCAUGGAGCCUUCUCAGGCCACCACCUGCCAUUUGUGGGCUUCACCUAUACCUCUGGCAGCUCCGGUCCUGACAGCAACUCUGAGCUGUCGGCUGCUCUGGAAUGGAAGCUUCGCUGCAUGGAGCAGGAGAAGGUGGAGUUGAGCUGGAAGCACCGAGAGGCCCUGAGCAGCCCCACAGACCAUCAGGAGCUGGAGCAGCUGCGGAAGGAAGUGCAGACUCUACAGGAGAGGCUGUCAGAGACGCUGAUGGACAGCAAGACACCCUUGUCCCAGAUGGCUGGGCCCCAUGCUGGUAGCCCAGGCCAGGACAGUAACCUACAUCAGGAGAAAGACCGGCUCCACCAGGAGCUGGCCGAGGCUCAGGCACGGCUGCAGGCUCAGGAGCAGGAGCUAUGCAGAGCCCAGAGGAGGCAGGAGGAGCUGCUCCAGAGGCUGCAGGAGGCCCAGGAGAGAGAGGCAGCCACAGCCAGCCAGACCCAGGCCCUGAGCUCCCAGCUGGAGGAAGCCCGGGAUGCCCGCAGGGAGCUGGAGGCCCAGGCAGCCACCUUGAGCCGGGAGGUGACACGGCUGCAGGGACAGUGUGAGCGAAACCUUCCAGAGUCUUCUCCGGUCAAGACCAUCCACACAGCCUCUGAGACUAAUGGCACGGGACCGACUGAGGGUGAACUGAGGAAGGAGGUGGCCACCCUGCGUGAGCAGCUGGAGCGGGCCCGCAGCCAUGAGCCGAGUGGGAAGGAGGCUCUGUGCCGGCUACAGGAGGAGAACCAGCGGCUGAGCCGGGAGCAGGAGCGGCUGGCAGAAGAACUGGAGCAGGAGCAGCAGAGCAAGCAGCAGCUGGAGGGCGAGCGGCGGGAGACGGAGAGCAACUGGGAGGCCCAGAUUGCCGACAUCCUCAGCUGGGUGAAUGAUGAGAAGGUCUCCAGAGGUUACCUGCAGGCCCUGGCCACCAAGAUGGCUGAGGAGCUGGAGUCCUUGCGGAACGUGGGCACCCAGACACUCCCUUCCCGGCCACUGGACCACCAGUGGAAGGCACGGCGGCUGCAGAAGAUGGAGGCCUCAGCUAGGCUGGAGCUGCAGUCAGCGCUGGAGGCUGAGAUCCGUGCCAAGCAGGGCCUGCAGGAGCGGCUGGCGCAGGUGCAGGAGGCCCAGCUGCAGGCUGAGCGCCGUCUGCAGGAGGCCGAGAAGCAGAGCCAGGCCCUGCAGCAGGAGCUGGCUGUGCUGCGGGAGGAGCUGCGGGCCCGUGGGCCGGGGGACACCAAGCCCUCAAACUCCCUGAUUCCCUUCCUGUCCUUCUGGACCUCAGAGAAGGAUUCUGCCAAGGACCCUGGUAUCUCAGCGGAGGCCCCAAGGCCUGGGGUGGAGCCAGAACUGAGGCCGGAGGGCCGCCGCAGCCUGCGCAUGGGGGCCGUGUUCCCCAGAGUGCUCACUGCCGCCGCUGCCCCUGCAGAAGCUCCUCCUGCUAAGCCUGGCUCACACACGCUGCGCCCCCGGAGCUUCCCGUCCCCCACCAAGUGUCUCCGCUGCACCUCGCUGAUGCUGGGCCUGGGCCGCCAGGGGCUGGGCUGUGAUGCCUGCGGCUACUUCUGUCACUCAACCUGUGCCCCACAGGCCCCACCCUGCCCUGUGCCCCCUGAUCUCCUUCGCAGUGCCCUGGGAGUGCACCCUGAAACAGGCACGGGCACCGCCUACGAGGGCUUCCUGGCGGUGCCACGGCCCUCGGGUGUCCGGCGGGGCUGGCAGCGGGUGUUUGCUGCCCUCAGCGACUCGCGCCUGCUGCUGUUUGAUGCUCCAGAGCCGCGGCUCAGCCCAGCCAGCGGGGCCCUCCUGCAGGCGCUGGAUCUGAGGGACCCCCAGUUCUCCGCCACUUCCGUCCUGGCCUCUGAUGUUAUCCAUGCCCAAUCCAGGGACCUACCACGCAUCUUUAGGGUGACAGCUUCCCAGCUGACAGUGCCACCAACCAUGUGCAGUGUGCUGCUGCUGGCAGAAAACGAGGGGGAGCGGGAGCGCUGGCUACAGGUGCUGGGUGAGCUGCAGCGGCUGCUGCUGGCUGCACGACCGAGGCCCCUGCCCGUGUAUACACUCAAGGAGGCCUUUGACAACGGACUACCACUGCUGCCCCGUGCACUCUGCGCUGCCAUCAUCGACCAGGAACGGCUUGCUCUGGGCACUGAGGAGGGGCUGUUUGUGAUCCAUCUGCACAGCAACGACAUCUUCCAGGUGGGGGAGUGCCGGCGGGUGCAGCGGCUGGCUGUGAGCUCCACUGCAGGCCUGCUGGUUGUGCUGUGCGGCCGUGGCCCCAGUGUGCGCCUCUUCACCCUGGCCGACCUGGAGAGUGUGGAGGCAGUGGGCACCAAGAUCCCUGAGUCUCGAGGCUGCCAGGCACUGGCAGCCGGGCGCAUCCUGCAGGCCCGCACCCCCGUGCUCUGUAUAGCUGUCAAGCGCCAAGUGCUGUGCUACCAGCUAGGCCCAGGUCCUGGGCCCUGGCAGCACCGCAUCCGUGAGCUGCAGGCACCCGCACCUGUUCAGAGCCUGGGGCUGCUGGGUGACCGGCUGUGUGUGGGUGCUGCUGGUGCCUUCACACUCUACCCACUGCUCAACGAGGCUGCGCCCUUAGCACUGGGGGCCGGUCUGGUGCCUGAGGAGCUGCCACCGUCCCGUGGGGGCCUGGGAGAGGCGCUCGGCACUGUGGAGCUCAGCCUCAGUGAAUUCCUGCUGCUCUUCACCACUGCCGGAGUCUACGUGGAUGGUGCUGGCCGCAAAUCUCGUGGCCAUGAGCUGCUGUGGCCAGCAGCGCCCACAGGCUGGGGUUACGCAGCCCCCUACCUGACAGUGUUCAGCGACAAUUCCAUCGAGGUGUUUGACGUGAGGAGAGCAGAGUGGGUCCAGACUGUGCCGCUCAAGAAGGUGCGGCCCCUGAAUCCAGAGGGUUCCCUGUUCCUCUACGGCACCGAGAAGGUCCGCCUGACCUACCUCAGGAACCGGCUGGCAGAGAAGGACGAGUUCGACAUCCCCGACCUCACCGACAACAGCCGGCGCCAGCUGUUCCGCACCAACAGCAAGCGCCGCUUCUCCUUCCGCGUGUCGGAGGAGCAGCAGAAGCAGCAGCGCAGGGAGCUGCUGAAGGAUCCUUUCGUGCGCUCCAAGCUCAUCUCUCCGCCCACCAACUUCAACCACCUAGUGCACGUGGGCCCUUCCAAUGGGAGGCCCAGCGCCAGGGACCUGCCGCGGGCACCAGAAGAGAGAGGCCGAGGUGCCCGCAGUUCCGGCCCGCAGCGGCCCCACAGCUUCUCCGAGGCGUCGCGGCGCCCAGCCUCCACAGGCAGUGUCGACCUCGCUGGAGAAGCAGACCCCAUGAAGAGGAAACCUUGGACAUCUCUGUCCAGCGAGUCUGUGUCCUGCCGCCAGGGAUCCCUGAGCCCCGCCGCCUCUCUAACGCAGGUCUCAGAACGACCCCGGAGCCUCCCCCCAGCUCCUGAAUCAGAGAGUUCCCCUUGAUGCCCUCUGGAAGGGUCCACCCCAAUCCCAGCACAGAAAGAUAUGAGGAAGCAAAGAGUGUGAGGCGUGCCAUACUCCGGCUGGUCCGGGGCAUGUGGAAAUUUGGACUCAGGGAGGGCCUGGUCUGGGCAGUGACUGGGAGACUUGCCUGGGUUCCCAGAAUUUGGGGGUCCUGACUCCCAGCCCUCAUCCCGCCUUCCCCUUCUGCUCCCAGCCCCAGCCUGUUCUAGCUGCUGGGAAUAGAGUGGCACUUCAUUUGUCCUGGUGUCCAGAGGUGAUUGUGCCAAAGCUCUUAGAAUGAGGGAUAGAGAAGGACUGGGUUCCUGGGAGCAGGUCAGGGGUCUUGUCUGUGGACUGUCUGGCCCCCAGCUGGGGCCAAGAUGAGAUCUGUAUGGGUCUCUGCUCAGGGCCAGGGUGGGAAAGACAGGCUCUGAUCCAGAGGAAAGGAGGAUAGAGAAAGAGGGGGAAGGAUGUAGGUGAAGGAGGUGAGAGAGAGGCAAGGGGGAGAGAGGAGGUGGAGGAAGAGGUGAUGGGAAGUAGAAGGAGACAGAAGCUAUCCAGAGGAGGAGAGAGGGACGAAGGAGUGAUGUAGAGGAGGACCAGGGAGAGACAGGGGAGAGGGACGGGAGGAGAGCAGACCCGGGGUCCUUUCUCUGGGGAGGAGCUUGGUGAGAUUGGGAAGAGAGGGGCACAGUGGGGACUGCCUUUGUCAGCUAAUCCGCCCAGAGGGGAAGAUAAUUCCUAGGCAGGGACGAGAUGGGGAGGGUAUUUAUAAGGGCUUCUUGGUGGGAGUUGGGCACCUGGCGGGGGGCCACUGGAGGGUCUCUAGACACACACUGGCCCUUCCUAGAAAGGGGGCUCCUUUUUCUCGAAGCUUCAACCAACUCUGUAUUAGGGGAACUUAGGGGGCAUUUUAUUAUUGAUCACAGUCAUUAUUAUUGUUAUUAUAUUACUGUUUUUAUUAAACCUCCCCCUACUAAAGUGUGGGGGGCAAAAUAAGUAUUUAUCUUCUCAAAUGCCACAUUCCCAGGAGGGAUAGACUCUAAUGUUCUAUGAGGCAGCAAGAAACCAAUAAAGACAACUUUGUAAGCUGCUGG